GUGAAGACUUUUAACGAUAUCUUCAAAACGACAAUCACUUCAUAUAUUAGUGGUUAAGAGUGACAGACAUUGAGUGAUAAUGUCUUCGGAAAGCGACAACACGACGAAGUACUUGAUCCAGUCAUUGAUGUGGAGACAGUGCGUGAGCGAAGACAACUUGAAGCGAUUGGUGACCAAAUGCAAGAGAGGCGAAGAGGCGGCCACUGAAGCGAGCAAUGAAUUGGUGGCCGAAGUGGUCACUCGUGUGAACCGACAGAUGAGGGCUUAUAAUAUUUCUGUGAGUCGCGGACCCAAUGAGAGCGACGGCACCAUCUAUUACGCCCUCAUCAACACCGCCGACAACGACAUCACAAGAAUGGCCAACAGUUGGUCGCAGAAGGAGUUGUUGUAUUUCAGGAAAUUGAUGGCCGCUAUCAUUGAAAACAAAAACUCUUGCAUCGCGUCCACAAAGAUGUUGAACAUUGGCCGCGAAGACGACAUUAAGUUCUCGCUCCCGGUCUCCGAAACUCUGACUAACAAAUGGGUGGAACAGAAGUGGUUCGAAGAUGUGUCCGACGGGAAGAUUGCGAUCGGAAUCCGGACACUACUCGAGAUGAGUGUUUAUAUCAGAGAGCGGUUUGAAGUGCAGGACUGCUUUCGAUGCAAAAUCCUGUGCAUCCGUGGCUUAAAUUGCAUGAGUUGUGACACAAAACUGCAUUACCACUGCUCUGACGUGCAAUUUAUACCCGACAACAAGUGUCCCAAUUGUGCGAAACAAUUCGCGUCGACGACCACUCAAAACACCAAUCAAAGUGAUAGCGAUUCGGUGGCCAAUGAUAGCACACAAGGGGUCAACGGUUCGGCACACAAUCAUCGUAUCGAUGAUAGCACUGAUGAAGAGACUGUUGAGGAUUUAAACGAAGCGAUUGUUGGGGAUUCAGACGAAGAACCCAUUCAACGACGAAGAAGUGGUCGAUCCAAACGAUCCAGACUUUCAUAA